AUGCCCCCCCCCACGGUGCGCAUCGUGCACUCGGGCCUGGCCUGUAACAUCGAGGAGGAGCGCUACUCGGAGCGGGUCUACACCAUCCGCGAGGGGGAGACCCUGGAGCUCACCUGCCUGGUCACCGGCCACCCCCGGCCACAGAUCAGGUGGACCAAAACAGCAGGAAGUGCCUCUGACAGAUUCCAGGAUUCCAGUGUCUUCAACGAAACCCUGAGGAUUUCCAACAUCCAGAGACACCAGGGAGGCCGCUACUACUGCAAGGCUGAGAACGGCCUGGGCUCCCCGGCCAUCAAAUCCAUCCGAGUGGACGUGUACUAUUUGGAUGAUCCCAUAGUCACGGUCCACCAGAGCAUCGGGGAGGCCAAGGAGCAGUUUUAUUAUGAGAAGACGGUGUUCCUCAGGUGCGUGGCCAACUCCAACCCGCCCGUGCGCUACAGCUGGCGCCGCGGCCAGGAGGUGCUGCUGCAGGGCUCCGACAAGGGAGUGGAGAUCUACGAGCCCUUCUUUACCCAGGGAGAAACAAAGAUCCUGAAGCUGAAGAACCUGCGACCUCAGGACUACGCCAACUACAGCUGCAUCGCCUCGGUGCGGAAUGUCUGCAGCAUCCCGGAUAAAAUGGUGUCCUUCCGCCUCUCCAACAAAACAGCCUCCCCUUCCAUCAAGCUCCUGGUGGACGACCCCAUCGUGGUGAACCCUGGAGAAGCCAUCACGCUGGUGUGUGUGACCACGGGGGGGGAGCCGGCGCCCAGCCUGACGUGGGUCAGGUCUGCAGGGGUCCUGCCCGACAAGAGCGUCCUGAACGGGGGCACGCUGACCAUCCCCGCCAUCGCCCCCGACGACUCGGGCACCUACAGCUGCAUCGCCAACAACAACGUCGGCAACCCCGCCAAAAAGUCCACCAACAUCAUCGUCAGAGCCUUAAAAAAAGGACGUUUCUGGAUCACCCCCGACCCGUACCACAAAGAUGACAACAUCCAGAUCGGGCGGGAGGUGAAGAUCUCGUGCCAGGUGGAGGCCGUCCCCUCGGAGGAGCUGACCUUCAGCUGGUUCAAGAACGGGCGGCCCCUGCGCAGCUCGGAGAGGAUGGUGAUCACCCAGACCGACCCCGACGUGUCCCCGGGCACCACCAACCUGGACAUCAUCGACCUCAAGUUCACCGAUUUCGGCACCUACACCUGCGUGGCGUCGCUCAAGGGAGGCGGCAUCUCGGACAUCAGCAUCGAUGUCAACAUCUCCAGCAGCACAGUGCCCCCCAACCUGACGGUGCCCCAGGAGAAGUCGCCGCUGGUGACGCGGGAAGGCGACACCAUCGAGCUGCAGUGCCAGGUGACGGGCAAGCCCAAGCCCAUCAUCCUGUGGUCACGGGCCGACAAGGAGGUGGCCAUGCCCGACGGGGCCCUGCAGAGCGAGAGCUACGACGGCAUCCUGCGCAUCGCCAACGUGUCGCGGGAGAUGAGCGGCACCUACCGCUGCCAGACCAGCCAGUACAACGGCUUCAACGUCAAACCCCGCGAGGCGCUGGUGCAGCUCAUCGUGCAGUUCCCGCCGGCGGUGGAGCCGGCCUUCCUGGAGCUGCGGCAGGGCCAGGGCCGCGCCGUCACCAUGAGCUGCCGCGUGCUGCGCGCCUUCCCCACGCGCGUGCUGAGCUACGAGUGGCGCCUGGGCGGGCGCCUGCUGCGCUCCGGCCACUUCGACCUGCAGGACUCCACCGACUGGAAUAUUUGGAUGGCUGCAGUUGGAUCUCAGCCCUUGGAUUUUGGGAAUGAGGGAUGGCUGCAGUGGGAUCUCAGCCCUUGGAUUUUGGGAAUGAGGGGUGACUCCAGCGGGGCCCUUGGAUCGGGGAAUGCCCAGCUGAAGCUAUUUCCCGAUGAUUUCCCUCUGUUUUCCCCAAGGGACGGGAGCUCUUGGCUGGCUGAGCUGCUCCCAGGCUGCUCGGCCAUUCCCUGGCUCCCCGUUUCCCUGAUGCCCUCCUGUCCCGCAGGGAAAGCCUACGCCCCGGAGUUCUACUACGACACCUACAACCCGCUGUGGCAGAACCGCCCGCGGGUCUAUUCCUACAGCCUGCAGUGGACGCAGAUGAACCCCGGCGCCGUGGAUCGCAUCCUGGCCUACCGCCUGGGCAUCCGCCAGGCCGGCCAGCAGCGCUGGUGGGAGCAGGAGAUCACGGUGAACGGGAACAUCCAGAAGGGGGAACUGAUCACCUACAACCUGACGGAGCUCAUCAAGCCCGAGGCCUACGAGGUGCGCCUGACGCCCAUCACGCGCUUCGGGGAGGGCGACUCCACCAUCAGGGUCAUCAAAUACAGCGCUCCGGUGAAUCCGCAUCUCCGGGAGUUCCACUGUGGCUUUGAGGAUGGGAACAUUUGCCUUUUCACCCAAGAUGACACUGACAACUUUGACUGGACAAAACAAAGCACUGCCACGAGGGACACCAAGUACACGCCCAACACGGGGCCCAACGCCGACCGCAGCGGCUCCAAGGAGGGUUUUUACAUGUACAUCGAGACGUCCCGGCCCAGGCUGGAGGGGGAGAAGGCCAGACUCGUCAGUCCCGUUUUCAGCGUCGCUCCCAAAAAUCCCUACGGAGCCACCAACACGGCCUACUGCUUCAGCUUCUACUAUCACAUGUAUGGACAGCACAUAGGAAGUCUGAACGUUUACCUGAGGCUCAAGGGUCAGACUGCCAUAGAAAACCCCCUGUGGUCCUCGAGUGGGAACAAGGGACAGCACUGGAACCAAGCCCGGGUCAACAUCAACCCCCCCACCUCAUUCCAGCUGAUCUUUGAAGGGAUCCGUGGCCCUGGAAUCGAAGGGGACAUUGCUAUUGACGAUGUGUCCAUUGUGGAAGGAGAGUGCAUGAAAUCAGACCAGCCAGCCAACAAUCUACGAUCAGGUGCUGUUGGGCCAUUAGCACAUAUACGACUCCUCCCACUCCUCAUCCUCAUGUCUGUCUUAAGUCAUCAGAGGUGACCUUACCCUGGCAGAGGCUACAAAAGAAUCACCAGGCACUGGCAUGAAGAAAGAGUCUUUGUAAAAUGGACAUUUCCAAACAAGCUACCAAAGAUUCCUCCACUGACUGACUCGAAAGUUAAAUAAAUACGUAAAUAAAUAAUAAAUAAUUAAAAAAAAAAGAACAGAUUAAGAAAGCACUGGGGACUUGAAAAGGCAUCACGGGAGUGGAACUCACUAAGAACCAAGCUUGAGACCGAGAUCUGGCCUAAGUAAGGAAGAGACCUUCAGGUGCUUUUGUGGUCACUGAUGAAUUCAGCAUCAUCUGGUUGAACUCUCGGCAAAGAGCUCUAGAAACCCUUGUCAAAGCACAAAGUCAUGGCUGGUUUUGUUUCAAAUGAAUCGUUUGCUUGUUACCAUGGAAACCGAAUGGCCUGCCAAAAAAAAAAAAAAAA